AUGCCCGACCAAGCGCAAGAAGAUGCUCUCAAAGGAUACAGGGAGAUCUUACCGCCCAAUGUUUCAGUGGGAGAAGCAACAGAGGCUUACAAAGAGGUAGAUGACGUUGCAUACGCCAUUUCAAGAUUACCUUUAGGUGCUCCUCGAGCAUUGAAAGUGAUCUGUGUUGGUGCGGGUUUCAGUGGCUUAGCAUUUGCACGAGAGGUCGAACUAGGCAAUCUGCCGAACGUGAGUCUCACGGUAUACGAAAAGAACGCCUCUGUUGGAGGAACUUGGUACGAGAAUCGUUAUCCUGGCUGUGAUAUUCCCGUCCAUAACUACCAGUACUCCUGGGCCCCCUGUCCUUACUUCAAAAGCUACUAUGCUACCGGGAAAGACAUCCACACUUACAUCGAAGCGGUCGCCGAUCAACAUAAUCUUCGGAAAUACGUUAAAGUCUCUCACAAAAUCAUCGGAGCUAAAUGGAUUGAAGAGCGCCAGAAAUGGCAAGUGAACAUUGUCGCAACCGAUGGUAGAGAAUUGAUGGUCAGCAAUCGGGUCAACAAGGAUGGGGAAGCUGGAGAACAAUUUACUGAAGAAUGCGAUGUGCUGAUCAACGCCGGAGGCUGCUUCAAUGACUGGAAAUGGCCAACUAUUCCUGGAAGGGAAACUUUCAAGGGUCAAAUGAUCCAUUCUGCUGCUUGGCCUAAAAUCGCCGAGCUCAAAGGCAAAACGGUAGCAUUGAUUGGCAAUGGUAGCACGGGUGUCCAGAUUCUUCCUAACAUCCUUGAUGAUGUGGAAAAGGUCUAUGUCUAUAUUCGCAGCAAGACAUGGGUGACAGCCAGCUUUGCUCAGAAGUGUGCUGGUCCAAAUGGUGCGAAUGUCUUCUUUACGGAGGAACAAAAGAAGCAUUGGGCCGAAAAUCCCGAUGAAUAUCUCCAGUAUCGGAAGGAGGUCGAGUCAGAGCUAAAUUCCCGUUUCCGCCUCUACCUCAAAGACUCCGAUGCCCAAAAGGAGGCCCUCGAAUAUUCUAUCUCUCAAAUGACCGAAAAGCUUUCUUCGAAGCCAGAGAUUGGCGAGAACUUGAUUCCGGAAUUCGCCGUUGGCUGUCGUCGCACGACACCAGGAAAUGGCUAUCUUGAGGCUCUCUGCUCCCCCAAGGUCGAAAUAAUUUGGGGAGGAAUUGACUCUUUCAACGAAACCGGUCUUCUAGCGGCCAAUGGUGCGCAACGAGAUGUGGACACCAUUAUCUGCGCCACGGGUUUCAAUAUGUCUUUCUCCCCUCGCUUCCCUAUCAUAGGUCGCAACAACGUCAAUCUACAGGAGAAAUGGGAUGAUAACCCGGAGUGCUAUCUGUCAGUCACUGCCGCCGAUAUGCCCAAUUUCUUUAUCUACCUUGGACCGGGCAGCCCCCUUGGACAUGGUAGUGUGGUCAGCUCUCUCGAGCGCGUGACUGAGUACAUUGCUCAAUUUGUCCGCAAGCUUCAAACAGAGAAUUAUAGCUCCGUGGUGCCGAAGCCACACAUCCCUCGUGCAUAUCAACGACAGGCUCUGGCCUGGCUAGACAAGACUGCCUGGAGUUCCAAUUGUGCAUCCACGUACAAGAAUGGCAAGCCAGGCGGUCCUUUGAUUUCUCUUCAUCCGGGGUCAAGGUUGCACUAUUUCGAGCUUCUGAAACAUCCUCGCUGGGAAGACUUUGACUGGUCCAGCUUGUGCGAUGAUGAGGAUCUUACCUUUGCUUGGCUAGGUAAUGGAUUUAUUGUCGAGGAGUGUAAGGAAAAGACUGAAGCGGAUUUGACUUGGUUCCUUCCUCCAGUUGAAGCAGCCAAGAUGAUCAAGGCAACAUUUUGA